AUGUCCGAUCGACUAUACCGGGAGCUCCGGGCCUACCGCGCCAAGCGGCGCUUCUCCUCCGGGCGCCUGGUCACCCUGCUGAUGCUGGUCAUGCUGGCUCUCGGGGGACUGUCCGUAGGGCUGGACCUGCUGGCGGGGCGGCGAGGCACCUGGGCCGCCGAGCGCCGCGCAGCCGCCGCCGCCGCCGCCGCCGAGGAGGCCGAGCCGCCGCUGCCGGACCCGAGGUCGGUGCGCUUGCCGGGGUCCGGCCGGGGCGCGGCCCGGUGCGCCGAAAUGCUGGACGCCCUGCAGGAUGUCCCCCUGCUGGAAGAGUGCUGGACCGGUGCCGUGGCCGGGGGGAGUCUCCCGGUGGAGAGCGUCCCGGUGGAGGUCCUCCCGCUGGCCCUGCGCUGGUGGGUGGCCUUCGAAGGCCAGCCCCUGUACCGGCCGGCCGGGAGAGCUGUCGGCUCCUGUGACCACAUGCGCCAGGGUCUGCCGGCGGGUGACUGGCGAGCCGACCCGCCAGUGGCCCAGGGCACCGUCAAAUCCAUCCAUCGAAGCACUUGGCUGGAUCGCGGCUCCGGGCGCCGGGUCCCGGUGGCGGUGCUGGCCCUCCGCCGGGAAAAUCUCAUCGGCGACUUUUCCAGCGGCAUCUCCCGACUAAUUGCCCUCGCCGGACAUCCGAACGUCUGGCCCCUGUUGGCCGCGUGUCCACGCUGGGAGGGCUUCACCGGGUACGGCACGCCGGAGCUGGGUCGCAAGCUCGUCGAGGCCCGGCGUACGGGGGCCCGCCCCGGGGACCUCAAAGCCGCGGUGGCUCCUUUCGCCGAACUCGGGUCCCUGGACAACCUCGAAUCUACGGCCAUUCUGGAGGGCAUUCACCUGGACGUGGCCGCCCGCAUGUCCCUGGCUCUGCAGCUGCUGCGACUGCACGCCUUUCUCCACGACGACGUGGCCGCCAUCUGCCCCGAGCACCCGGUCUUGGGGGUUGGCAUGGUCGAGCGGUCGCCCCUGCGCGGGGCCCUCCUCCAGCACGACUUCAAGCCCAGCCAAUUUCUCGUGGCCUGGGGCCCGGGCCGCCGGCUCAGCGUCUACCUCAACGACGCCGAGGCGAUGCCGCUCUUCCGGAGUCCGCUGCAGGGGGGCUGGCCGGAGGUGUGCCCCACCCCGAAGCGCGACACGCGCGAGGAGGCGGCUCCGGGCGUUGCGCCGGCCCCCGAGGCCGAGAUCGCCCGGGAGCUGGCCCACCUGGCCAGCCUGCUAGCGAGCGUGACCCUCAGCCCGCCGGCCGUCGACACCCAGCAGCUGGGCCAGAUGCUGGACGGGGCAGGAUCGGCGGCCGGCCGGUCCGGCCCCGACCGGGCCCUCAUUCGCCUGGAUGCCCCCUGGCCGCCGGCACUGCGCCGGGCCUUGGAGGACGUGCUCCGGUGCCUGCGGGCCGGCGGCCACAGGGCCUGCUCCGCCGGGCAGGCCUUCGUCCGCCUGGCGGCCGCCCUGCGAUCGCACGUGGGUCCAGUGGCCGCGGCGCCGGGCGGCGGCGUCGUCUAA